CCGUCUAUUUAUGUAUUGGAUGAUAUGAUGUGCUGCAUAUAAGCCCGUCGCAGGAUAAUUAGGUAUUCAGUCGUUUGCGCAUUUUACGCGUAACAAGCCUCCUCGGUUUCAAAUCCGCCUUUGGCGCAGCGAUGGGGGAGGUAGCAGGAUUGCGAAACUUCUUACAGCUAUCUCUUGAAAGUGCAAACAGAUCGACGGGUGAAAGAUAUUGUAAAAUUCUCCUUAUAAAUGGAGUGUCUUUCCAUAAUGUAUUUUUCACUUGGUAGCAAACAAAAUUCUUAUAUCGUCGAACAAGAACUUAACAUCAUCUAUAAAAUUUUCGAUCCGUUAAAUCAUUACCUUUCCGACUUUUAGAGACAAUACCUUUUUCAACUACCAUCCCAACAAAAUGCUCUUCAAAACUCUCUCGCUCGCAACCUUAGUUGCCGUCGUCCUUGGCUUGCCUGCUCCACAGCAGCCCAGCAUAACCCCGGGCUCAGUUCCGACAAACCUACCUCAGCCGGGAGAUUCGAACGGCGGCUGGCCCUCAGCUAUUAACGGCAACCACCCCAUUCCUUCCGGUUUGACGCUGCCUUCUGGUGGUAGUUUUACCGGUCCGCCGAGCGGCUUCCCGACUAAUUUUCCUAGCGGCUUCCCGAGCGGAUUCCCUAGUGUCUUUCCUAGCGGUCUUCCGAGUGGCUUCCCAAGCGACUUCGCCAACGGUCCCCCCAGUGGUUUUCCUACAAGCCGCCCAACUGGUCUUCCUACUGGUUUCCCUACUGGUUUCCCUAACGGUGGUGUUCCUACUGGCGUCCCGACCGGCCUCCCUACCGGCCUCCCUUCAGUCCCUUCUGGUUCACCUUAGAGGAUUUACGAGGAUGAGGUAGCGCUAAGGGUCACAACGAAGAGAAAUCUCUACCUGAUGAAGUGAGAGGAGCUUAAUAUUAGAUCUUAUUUUGCAUGGGUUUAUCUCAGGGGCCCCUUUCUGAUACUCUCGUUUUCAUCUACCUUUCCGGGUCCAUUUCCGAAGGGUUGUUGAAUGGUCCAUGGUCUUGCUUCUUGGGUUUUAUGAGCUGUCAUUCGUUGUUGGGUUAUGGCUGGAUACAAAGGGGGGGAGUUGGGGGUUGGUGCUGUCCGGAGCUAGUAGCAAUAUUAGUGUCGCAUUGCUGGUUCAAAUAAAGAAUAUAGACUGAUCUUCCAAAUGUACUCAUUGCAUAGCAUAUU